AUGCCUAUUGGAGAUCUCCUCGCCCAGAUCAGUGGCGGUGACGAGGGGUCAGCCCCAUCCACCACGCCGAGCCUACCUCGAUCGAACACGUUACCAAAAAGGAAAGCAGACGAUGAUCCCCGAUCGAGUAUCUCAAAGGCGCCUCGAGUCACGACGUUGUCCAGUACCGUGGCACCACGAACAACACAAUCUCCCACUACAUCCUCCAAGCCAAGCCUCCCAUCAAGGCCCUCCGACAGAUCGACCCCAUCGCAACGACCUUCAAAUCUAACGAAUGGUGCUACUAAACCCAACGUUCUGUCCUCCAAACCCAUGAAUGGAAACAACCGGGUAUCUAAGCCUGCUGCCCCCAGCAGACCAUCCCCCGGACCGUCAAGUGCACCCCCUGCGGCUCGCGGUGCUCCGCCAAAGAAAGGUUCCUUUGCUGAGAUCCUUGCUCGAGCUCAGAAGGCUCAACAGGCAAUGGGUCAGGUUGGCAAGAUUCAGCACAAGAAGGUUGAGGGUGGAAACUUGAAGAAAGUCAGGGAUGAGCCAGCCGCAAAGGCUGAUUCCCGGGCCGCCAAAAACACGAAGCAACGCCCAAACACUGCUUCUACUCCUGCCCCUGCCCCUACUAACUAUGCUGGUACAGCGAAACCAGGUCAGCGGAAUGGAACCCCUCUGUCUGGGGCUGGAAGGGACUCGCGUGGUAGACCGAUACCUCCAGCAAAACCAGAGCGAGGCAGGGUGCCUGGUGCCAAGGGCCCUGGAGGUAGGGCUGCACCACCUCAAGAAGAACCCAAGAAGGUGAAGAAGGCAGCUGCGGCCACGACUGGCUAUACUGGUACCGCCAGACCCCGCCCAGGUGGCAAUCCCUCCAAAAAGGAGACACCUCGUGGGGGAGCAUUACUCAGUGCGCCACGAGCUCCUCGUCCCUCACAUUCAAAGUCACGCUUCGAGGAUGAUUAUGAUGAGGACAUGGAUGACUUUAUUGACUAUGAUGAUGAAGAUGACCAAGGUGGCCCACGAUAUGAUUAUGCGUCCGAUGCGUCUUCAGACAUGGAGGCAGGCUUGGACGAUAUCGAUGGUGAAGAGCGACGAGCAGAGUUGAUUGCUCGACGUGAAGACAUUGAAGAGGAACGUCUCGAAAGAAAACUUAAGGCUGACAAGGAGGCUCGAAAGCGUCAAGCUCUUGACCAACUUCGUGCCAGUCGACGCUAA